GCGCGGCCCGAGCGCGUCCCGGCCCUUCCCGGCCCUGCCCGGCCCGAGCCCCGCGGGAGCGCCCCGGCCCGCCCCGCCAUGCCCCCCAAGAAGCAGCAGCAGCCGGCGGGGGGCAGCAAGAAGGCGGACCAGAAGAAGAAGGAGAAGAUCAUCGAGGACAAAACAUUUGGCCUAAAGAAUAAAAAAGGUGCAAAGCAGCAGAAGUUUAUCAAGGCUGUGACUCACCAGGUUAAGUUUGGUCAGCAGAAUCCACGUCAGGUUGCUCAAUCAGAAAGUGAGAAGAAAUUAAAGAAAGAAGAUAAGAAAAAGGAAUUACAAGAAUUAAAUGAGCUCUUCAAGCCUGUGGUUGCUGCACAGAAAAUUAGCAAAGGUGCUGACCCAAAAUCUGUAGUUUGUGCUUUCUUCAAGCAAGGCCAGUGCACUAAAGGAGACAAGUGCAAGUUUUCUCAUGAUUUGUCCUUGGAAAGGAAGUGUGAAAAACGAAGUGUCUACAUUGAUGCAAGAGAUGAAGACCUUGAAAAAGAUACAAUGGACAACUGGGAUGAGAAGAAGCUGGAAGAAGUGGUGAACAAGAAGCAUGGUGAGGCGGAAAAGAAAAAACCCAAAACCCAAAUAGUCUGCAAAUACUUCCUUGAUGCUAUUGAAAACAACAAAUAUGGAUGGUUUUGGGUCUGUCCAGGUGGAGGAGACAACUGUAUGUAUCGCCAUGCCCUCCCUCCAGGCUUUGUAUUAAAAAAAGACAAAAAGAAGGAAGAAAAGCAAGACGAAAUCUCAUUAGAAGAUCUAAUAGAAAAAGAGCGUGCUGCCUUAGGACCAAAUGUUACCAAAAUUACUCUAGAGUGUUUUAUUGCAUGGAAGAGAAGAAAAAGACAAGAAAAAAUUGAUAAGGCUGAGCAAGAUAUGGAGAGGAGGAAAGCAGAUUUUAAAGCUGGCAAAGCACUGGUGAUCAGUGGACGUGAGGUGUUUGAGUUCCGGCCAGAGUUGGUUGAUGCCGAUGAUGAAGAAGCAGAUGACACCCGUUAUGUCCAAGGAGCAGGAGAUGAUGAUGAGACAGAAGACCCUGUGUGCAUAAAUGAUGUAGAUUUGAACCUGUAUGUCCCCAAGGCAGUAGAGGAGACUGGUAUUACAGUGGCUAGUCCAGAGAGAUUCAGCACAUACACUUCAGUAGAAAAAGAUGAUAAUAAAUUAAAUGAAGCUUCUGGUGGUGAUAUAAACAACAGCGAGCAAAAUGAUUUAGAUGAAGAUAAUGAUGGAGAUGGGGAAUUGGAAAAUGGAGUCAUUGAUGCAGUUCCAGUUGAUGAAAAUCUCUUUACUGGAGAGGACUUGGAUGAACUAGAAGAAGAACUAAACACUCUUGAUUUAGAAGAAUGAACUAAAAAGCUCCAGUGAGGAAUUAAACCUAUGUGAAAACUGACUACAUUUUUUUCUCCUUUUUGAAUAGAAUUCUUAAACAAGAUGUUUAUGGUUAUGCAGCUGAAUAUGAUGGGCACGUGAUAUACCAGGAAUGUUUUCCUUCAAUCUCAUCUACUCCAGUCUUGGCUAUGCUCACAGUAAAACGUUCAGAGUAGUUCAGAAUUACCCGACAGCUGAAUUUGCAGACAGUGAGAUUAAAACUUCCAACUAAGAGUAGGAAGUGUAACUGCUUUGCCAGUAUGCAAGUGGGCAGUUUGACAUCAGGUACAGUACAAAAAUCCAAGUAUACAUUCUUCACAAAAAAUGCAUUUUUAUUAGUGAUUGUGUUGAUUUAGAAACUGCCUGAAGUGGUUUUCAGGCAGGGUACUCUAAUGGAGCUGAUGCAGAUUAUGCUUCUUUAAGUGGUGAUUAGCUUUAUUUGAUCAGCUGGAUACUGAAGAUUGUGAACUGAUAUUUCAUACAAUACCAGUACAGUGCCCUCUGUUUAAAAUGUUUUAAACUUUCCCACCACCUUUUGCCAAUAAAUCUGUAAAUAAAAAUCAUCAACUU